GUUUGCCAUCUCGACUGCAUCUUUCUUGCACGCUGUCACCACCUCCCUUGCACGCUCACAUAACAGCAAUCGACAACAUGGGCGACGUUUUCACGGCCAUCUCGCAUGGCGCGCUCAAACGCAUCACCGACGGCGAAAUUGUCGAGAACCCUGUCCUGCAGUGCGUUCAGAUCAAACCCAUGGCGCAAGGCGCCGGUGGGCAGGACAGAUGGAGAGUUGUGUUCAACGACACGAUCAACUUCAUCCAGGGCAUGAUGUCUAUGCAGUCCAACCACCUCAUCACCGAAGGCACACUCAAGAAGGGAAUGGUCUGCAGACUGAAGCAGUUCCAGGCGAACUUUGUCAAGGAUAAGCACAUCUUGAUCAUUAUUGAUCUUGAUGUAUUGGAAGAGUAUGGUGAGCCCGACAAGCUGGGACAACCUGUGGCGAUUGAGCCCAAGGCGCAGCAAGAGGACGUCAAGCCACAGCCUGGAAACAUUGCGGGCAACAACUUCUACGGCCAGCAGAAGCCUCAACAGCAACCACAGCAGCAACAGCAGCAGCGCUCAUUGCCUUCACGAACCAAUGGCGCCUCGAACAACGGUCCUCACGGCAACAUCACACCCAUCGAAGCGAUUUCGCCAUACACGCACAAGUGGACGAUCAAGGCACGUGUCACGCACAAGGGAGAUAUCAAGACGUGGCACAAUAAGAAUGGAGAAGGCAAGCUUUUCAGUGCCAAUUUCUUGGAUGAGUCUGGCGAGAUUCGAGCUACGAUGUUCAACGAUGCAGUGGACCAAUGGCACGACGUGUUGCAAGAAGGCAAUGUCUACUACAUCUCUAGCCCUUGCCGAGUGCAGCUGGCAAAGAAGCAGUUCUCGAAUCUCCCCAAUGACUACGAGCUGGCAUUUGAGCGCGACACGCUCGUUGAGAAGGCCGAGGGAGACGACGGAGUGCCGCAAGUGCGUUAUAACUUUACCACCAUCGAGGCACUCCAAAGCGUUGAGAAAGACUCCACAAUCGAUGUGAUUGGUGUCUUGUCAGAAGUUGGCGAGGUCAACGAGAUAGUGUCUAAGACCACAUCGAAGCCUUACAGCAAGCGCGAGCUGACACUGGUCGACGACACUGGCUACAACGUUCGACUCACCAUCUGGGGCAAGACUGCAGAAUCAUUCGAAGCACAACCAGAGUCCGUCGUCGCAUUCAAAGGCGUCAAGGUGAGCGACUUUGGAGGCAGAUCGCUGUCGCUCCUGUCCAGUGGCAGCAUGAAUGUCAAUCCAGACAUCGACGAAGCCUUCAAGUUGAAGGGAUGGUACAGCGCCAGUGGCCACAAUGAGACCUUUGCCUCUCACGCCAACACCAUGUCUACAGUGGGUGCCACUGGUGGUGCCAAGAACGACACAAAGACCAUCGCACAAGUUCGCGAUGAGAACCUGGGUAUGACUGAUGAUACUGACUGGUUCAGCAUCAAAGCUACCAUCAUCUACAUCAAGCAAGACAGCUUCGCAUAUCCAGCUUGUCAGACUACAGACCCACAGCCUUGCAACAAGAAGGUCAUAGAGGUUGAAGAAGGCAAUUGGCGCUGUGAGAAGUGCGACAAGAGCUGGCCUGCGCCGAAGUACAGAUACAUCAUGUCGGUGAAUGUCAGCGAUCACACUGGCCAGAUCUGGUUGAGCUGUUUCGAUGAAGUUGGCCAACAGGUUCUGGGCAUGCCAGCUAAUGACCUCAUGGCGAUGAAGGAAGAAGGAGAUGACAAGCGUGUUAGCGACGCCUUUGCAGACGCAAACUGCAAGUCUUUCAUCUUCCGUUGCAAGGCCAAGAUGGAUACCUUCCAGGAUCAGCAGAGAGUCCGAUACCAGGUCCAAUACGCACGAACGAUCGACUAUGCUCAGGAAGCGAAGAAGUUGGCAGACAUCAUCAAGCAGUACAACAUUGCAUCGGACAGCUUGUUUGUGUAGGUUGUAGAGCGAGAAGUACGUGUUGGCGUUUCGCAAGAGCAGAUGGUUGUAAACGAGAACGAAACUUGCAUGAUCCUGUAGGCCAAGCGAUUGCAUGGCAUGUAGCUGUGCGGCGUGCAUACAGACAGCGCUAACGAUGGACAAACUUUCUUUCAGCUGGGCGCAUAGCAUACAUACCUCACCUC